CACGGACGACCGGAACUGGUCGCAAAUUCAAAUGGCGCGUCACAGCAACAUUAAGCGCCCACAUUCGCACUUUCACUUCGUGGUCUAGCUGAUGAGUCGGUAGUCUGUUUAGAAUGGAGCUAAACUCCUGCAGAGUAUUUCAUUAAGUCGUUUUUGUGGCUGACUAUUACCUGGAAAGCAAUCUGGUGCAAACCUAACUGUAUAGAAGAAAAAAGAUGGCUGAGACAGAACGAGGAAAUGCGGCGAGUAAUGAGGAAGAGUCCAGUGUAGAAAUGUCCAAUAACAACGCAAUUGAAAGAGGUGCAAACCUAAGUGAAGUGGUCCAAACUGACGGCAACCGUAUAAAAGAAAAGAUUGCUGAGAUACAAGGAGAUGCAACAAGCCACAAGGAAACGUCCUGUGUAGAAAUGUCUAAUAAUAAUUCAAUUAAAAGAGGAAGAGGUAGGCCACAAGGUUCAAUGAAGUUAAACAAGUUAAAGCAGGUUUUAAGCAUUUCCACCAGUGAGUCCAAACCUCCUCGGAGGGGAAGAGGACGUCCAAAACUCCCGAAAGCCACGGAGCUGGAAGGAUCAGGAGACGACCUUGCCGGUAAUUCUGUGCAAACUCAAGAGCCCAACAAACAGAGCAGCGAUGAAGACGGUCCGACAGCAGACCGUUCUCCUAGGAAAAGAGGCCGGCCCAAAAAAUCUCUCUACAAAAGCACCUGUGACGAUGCUGAAGACUUACCAAACGGUGCCUCUGAUGCACCAAAAGCAAAAAGGGGUCGUCCAAAAGGAUCCACGAAACGCAAGUCGGGAAGUUUGACAGGCAGAGAGAACGGAGGCAGUUCUGUACAGCGUCAGAAUCCGAGACGCUCUUCCGGUAAGAAGCCCAGGCUAGAGACGGAGGAGAGCAGUGAGAACGGAGAGGAUGCAGAGAGGCCGAAAAAGAUCAAACAAGAAACGGCUGGCUCCCCGCCGGCUAAGAAGCGACCGGGUCGUCCCAAAGGCUCUUUAAACAAGAAACGACCUGCAUAUAAGGCCAAACCAUGGAAGCGUGGUCGCCCGAGAAAACCAAAAGCCAAAAGGGGAAGACCAAGGAAGUACCCUCUGCCAUCACCUGAGGAGCUGAAAAAGCCCAAAGUAUGGAAGCCGCUGGGAAGGCCCAGGAAAUACCCCCGAGCUGAUCCUGCAGAGGGGUCAGAACCAGCCCCUCGUAGAAGCCGCGGUCGGCCUCACAAGACACAGUCAAAGAAAGGCGCUCACUUGCGUAAGACAUUGCCUGAAUCUUUGUCUUUGCCAAGCGACCCCGGUGUCGAACCCCAGAGAAAAAGGGGCCGUCCCCCAAGUGCUCCAAAAAGUGAUGCUGUUCCGACGCGGAAAAGGGGCCGUCCUAAAGGUUCAGUCAACAGCAGUAAAGCAGGAAGGGGAGCACCGAUCGACAGUGCAGAUGACGACCAUUCGACAGCAGAAAGUGAUUCAGCGCCCAUGGUACUGAAAUGUGAAGAAGAGGAGGCGGAGAUAAAAGAAGAUGCAUCCAUCAAUCAGGAUGCCGACUCAGAAGUUAGUAACCAGGCUUGAUGAGCCGCCCCGAUCUGACCAAAAAAGUUCCUGUUUAAAACCGAUAACAGUCGUGUCAAUGAAUACACAUAUUUGUAGUCAUUUUGUCAGUCGGUUGGCUUUUCUGCAGCGCUUCUAUUUUCUAACUUAACACGUCCAUCUCGUUCUACUUUUUAUUACUGCGUUUAGAUUUUCAUGUGGUGUCUGUCACUUUUGUUAUUUCUGUAAAAAGGAUGUUGUCGAAUAGAGUUGCAAAAUUGUGGGAAUAUUCAGUUGGAAACUUUCCGGGGGAAUGUAAGUGAAUUGAUGGGAAUAAACUGGACAUUUUGGAGCGAUUUAACUGAA